AUGAAGGAACUAGUGUCAAACAGUACAACCAAUAUAUCUCAAGCCAGGAAAGCUGUGGAACAGUUAAAAAUGGAAGCAUACAUGGAUAGGAUGAAGGUAUCCAAGGCUGCAGCAGAUCUAUUGGCAUAUUGUGAUGCUCAUAUUGGAGAAGAUCCCCUUAUUAUUCCAGUGCCUGCAUCUGAAAAUCCCUUCAGGGAGAAGAAACUCUUUUGUACUAUCCUUUGA